GACGGUCAGCAGGAAGGUAGCUGCAGUGAGAAGAUCGCGAGAGCAUCAGCGAAGAAAAUUUUCGCCAGUCACAAUCGUUGUUUUUCUAUAAGAAGCAAAUUGCUGCUGGAUUUUCAUCCUUCAGUGCACAACAAAUACCAAUUCAGACAAAACUAGAUCUGGGAGCACAAAUUAAAGGCAUAAACAAACUCGUGGGAUGUUCUAGCCGGAAGUUAGACGCUAACAUAGGAUAACGCAGAUGAAAGAUGUGACACCGACUUCCGCGUGAGGCAGUUCCCAUAUUUCCACCGUAUAAGUUGGUGUCCGGUAGUGUAAUCCCUCUGGUUGUUUGGUCCUUUUAUUGCGCUCUAGAAGGCAUCCACCCAUUUUGGGCAAGAUGGCCAGAAACGAUACGAGAACCUACGAUACUCUAACGAAUCAGGAUACGAAUCCUUUUAGCGAUACAAACAAGCGCUCGCCCACCAUCGAUGAAGAAGAAACACCUCAGAGCAGCGGAUUGGUUAUUCAUGUCGUGCCGGAGACGAGUAAAGCGCGAUGGAACCACAUCGAAGAUCUGGACUCGUUCUUCAAUCGGCUCUACUGCUACCACCAGAAGCACGGAUUCUACGUAAUGAUGCUGCAGAAGGUGUUUGAGCUGUUUCAGUUUAUGUUCGUCGUAUUACUGAUCACGUACAUGAUCAAUUGCAUAGACUAUAGCGUGCUUUUCAACGAUAAGGACGAACGUCACAAAAUUAAGCUAACGGAUGCGAUGAUGCCACCGGCGGAGUGCGUUGCCGCACUGGGAGGCAUCGACUGGCUAGUGCUGGUGAUGGCCGGUUUGUUUUGGACUUUUCGACUGUUCAAGUUCCUGUGCCACCUGGUACAGUUUUGGGAUAUCAAGUUGUUCUUCAAUACCGCGUUGAAGAUUGACGAUUCGGACUUGGACAACCUAACCUGGCACGAGGUCCAAAAGAAGAUCCGUGAAGUGCAAUCGGAAAUCCAGAUGAGCAUCAACAAAGAGCAAUUGACUGAGCUAGAUAUCUAUCAUAGGAUACUAAGGUUCAAAAACUACAUGGUUGCAAUGAUGAACAAAUCACUUCUUCCGUCUACAAUUCAGCUGCCAUUAUUAGGAAACGUAGUCUGUUUGAGUCAAGCUUUGCGCUACAACGUAGGAUUGAUUCUAUUCUGGGGACCAUGGUCACCGUUCGAGAACAACUGGCACCUAAGGGAGGAAUUCAAACGCUCGAACCGCCGAAUGGAGCUGGCAAACAAGCUGGCCAAUCAGAUAUUCUGGGUUGCGGUUGGCAAUCUCGUGCUUUCACCGUUCAUCUUCCUCUGUCAGUUGAUGUACUUUUUCUUCAAUUACGUCGAUUUGAUUAAAAAGGAACCCGGAACGCUGGGCAUGCGUUGCUGGUCGCAGUAUGGAAAGCUCUAUUUGCGUCAUUUCAAUGAGCUGGAUCACGAGCUGGAUGCGCGGCUCACACGAGCUUACCGGCCGGCUGUAAAAUACAUGAAUUCGUUUUCAUCACCGCUUUUGACUGUGAUUGCCAGAAAUGUGGCCUUCGUUUGUGGCGGUGUCGCAUCGUUGAUAUUCCUGUUGGCGGUUUACGACGAAGAUGUGUUUCAGGUGCAGCAUGUGUUCACCAUUUUUACCGUUCUGGGUGCAGCGAGUGUCAUUUCAAGGUCUAUGAUCCCAGACGAGAACAUGAUCUGGUGUCCGGAACAGCUGCUGAGAAACGUCCUUGCCCAUGUGCACUAUCUCCCGGCUUCAUGGCGUGGUUAUGCCCACACCUCCAUGAUUCGAGACCAAUUUGAGCAAUUUUUCCAGUUGAAAGCUAUGUACAUUCUGAACGAGUUGUUCAGCCCCUUUGUAGCGCCGUUCGUUCUGCUGUUAGUUGUCAAGCCAAAAGCGCUUGAUUUGGUUGAUUUCUUCCGUCACUUUACGGUCGAUGUCAUCGGGGUUGGUGAUGUGUGUUCGUUCGCUCAGCUGGACGUCCGCAAACAUGGCAAUCCAGACUGGCAGAUCACCAACAGUGCCAUCGAAAAGGACUCCAACGAAGCCAUCAAUACUCCACUAGUGGACAACAAUCAGUACACCCAGGGAGAGCACGGCAAGACUGAACUUUCCCUGGUCCACUUUACACUCACCAAUCCGACAUGGCAGAUGCCACCGGAGGCCAGAAACUUUGUGCAGGGUAUCAAACGCCACGCCCUACAAGAUCUCAACCGACAGCGGGGCAUGCUGUAUGGAGGUGCACCCACCAUGACAAACCCCAUGGCACAGAGUCUCCUGUCGAUGGAAAGUCUCGGCGAGCAGUACCAAUCGAUAAUUCAUCCGAUUCUGCAAACCCACAACUUGUCCAACUCGCAACAGUUGGGCUUAUCACUGAAUCUGGGAGGAUUUGGAUCACCUCCAUCGGUUCCACCACCAACAACGGCACCUCAUCUACAGGCGGGGCAUCUUCAACAGUCUACUGUGCAAUCACACUAUCAGUACAAUUCGCCUCCGUCGUUCGACUUUGAACGAAUGCUUCAGCAAAACCUUACGGACGGUAGUACGGCUCCUCUUAGGAGUACGUUCUUGCAAGAUAUCAAUGAGAACGACGAUGAUGAGAAUGAAGGAGGCAUGGGAGCAAUUGGCGGUAGUCAGAUGUAUUCAUCUAGUCAAGCUGGCGGCGUCGGUGAUCCACGGUCGUCCAUGAGCUUCAGUACCCGAGGAGGCAUGAGCAGACGAGAAGGGCCUGCUGAAGGCUCCCGUAACGGGCUUCUUUCAAGCUUGUACGGUGAGGGUGUAUCGUCCCAGCAACCGUCGCACGAGGUGACGGCGGCGGACAUGUGUCUUAGUACUUUGUACCUGCAUGAGUUGCAUCACAAUCAUAUGCGACGACGCGGUGGCAGUCUUCGGAGCGAGCCGGGUCAACGGCAACUAUGGCAGCGGCCGCACCAGCAACAAUCACCAUUAGUCGUUUUCCCCGGUUCUAGUGGGUCCGGGUCAACGGCAGCGGCUGCAUCGACAGCUGCGACAACUUCGACAUCCGCUGCCGAGAGAACACCCCUACUCGGCAGCAAAAAGUCAUAGCAAAGCGCCGAGUGGGUCUAAUGGUAGGAUACCAUCAUAGUUCCAUGUUUUAGACAAAGUGAUAUGAAAUACUGCAUAACUGGGGACGGAUCGUUCCGGUUAUGUUCUCUACGUAAGUGUGAAUGUUAGUAUGUAUUUUCGUAGCUAUCCCUCGAAAAAGGAUACAGUCGUAGAUUCAGGCACUCAGUGUUUCACAGCAGCGGAAGCUAAACAGCGCGCGUUCGAACCACUAAUUUUAAGUAGGAAAUCGUUUUCUAAUUAUUUUGGACGAAACUACUUAUCCGCACAACUUACAAUGUCGUCUUAGGUUUUGUGCGGAAGUGCAGAAUUCGUGAAACCAGUUUGACAAAGUUUUAUUGGUCUCUAAGUUUGUAAAUAGACGGUUUAGAACAUCGGAGAGGAAUAAUUUACACUGAACAGAUAUAUUUAUACUGCGGACGCUUUUUUUUAAAGUCUCAUUACAACAAGGCUGGAUUGAUUAGCAAAGAAAGAAAAGAGGACAUUUUUCUGUAUAUAUUCAACCUCACUACUAUUUUCGACAUCAACAAAACAGAAUGAAAA